UCGGAAGCCUGAAGUGUGGAACGAAAACUAGAGUCGGAAAGAGCAAGAGUAGGCGUAGCUGCGCAGGAAGGGGACGACCAAAGAGAGGGACAUGAGACAUGGAGCAAGAGCAAGACAUUAGACUGGAAAGCUUCCUGAAGUGGGCAUCAGACCUUGGAAUCUCAGACUCGUCAGGAUCCCUCCCUUGUGUCUGUCUGGGACAUUCUGUCUCCCUCGCUUACUUUCCUCUCGCUGGCGGUAGAGGUCUGGGUGCUGUGCGUGAUCUUAGGAAGGGAGAGCUAAUUCUCAGAGUUCCUAAAUCCGCUUUGAUGACGAGGGAAAGCCUACUGAAGGAUGAAAAGCUCUCUGUUGCUGUCAGUAGGCACCCUUCUCUAUCCUCGACCCAGAUAUUGACUGUUUGUUUGCUAUAUGAAAUGGAUAAAGGAAAGAGUUCAUGGUGGCUCCCUUAUCUGAUGCACUUGCCCCGCAGCUAUGACAUAUUAGCAACUUUUGGUGAAUUCGAGAAGCAAGCUCUGCAAGUAUCUGAUGCUAUCUGGGCUGCAGAAAGGGCCAUAUCAAAGGCAAGAUCAGAACGGAAUGAAGCUAAUCAAUUGAUGGCAGAACUUAAUCUUAAGCCUCAACUUCUGACCUUUAGGGCAUGGUGUUGGGCUGCUGCAACAAUAUCCUCAAGGACGUUGCAUAUACCAUGGGAUGAAGCUGGAUGUUUAUGUCCUGUGGGAGACUUAUUUAAUUAUGCUGCACCAGGAGAGGAGACAUUUUGUUCCGAAGAAGUAGACAAUUUGCUGUGUGCCUCAUCCUUUCAGGUCACUUCUCUGUUAAAUGGGGACUGUGCACAUAAGUUAAAUGUGGAGGAAUUGGAUGCCCAUGAUCUGAGGUUGACUGAUGGUGGGUAUGAGGAAGAUGUUGCUGCAUAUUGCUUCUAUGCUCGACAAAAUUAUUUUAAAGGAGAGCAGGUUCUUCUAUGCUAUGGGACUUACACGAAUUUGGAGCUUCUUGAACACUACGGGUUUCUUCUAAAUGAAAAUCCAAAUGACAGAGUUUUUAUUCCCUUGGAACCUGAAAUUUAUUCCUCCUGUUCAUGGCCGAAGGAGUUGCUGUAUAUUCAUCAUAAUGGAAAGCCAUCUUUUUCCCUGUUGUCUGCUUUGCGAUUAUGGACAACCCCACCAAGCAAGCGGAGAUCUCUGGGACAACUUGCUUAUUCUGGUUCUCCACUAUCCACAGACAAUGAGAUACAUGUUAUGAAAUGGAUAGCAAAUAAAUGCAAUGAGGUAUUGAAGAAUUUGCCAACAUCAAUUGAAGAAGACAGUUUGGUACUAAGUUCCAUCAACGAAAUUCAAGAUCUCCAUACCCUUGUGGAGUUAGAGAAGGCAAUAUCGGCUUCUAGGGGCGAGAUCCGGUCAUUCUUAGAAGCCAAUAAGUUGCAAAAUGUAGCAAGUGGUAAUAACUCACUUCUAUCCAGCAAAGCUAGAAGAUCUAUGGACAGGUUGAAAUUGGCUGUCCAGUGGAGGGCCAGGUACAAGAAAAUCCUGCUUGAUUGCAUUUCUUUGCAUUGCACGGAAACAAUUGAUUCCCUAACUUGAGAAAAUGAUUUACCAGUGAAGUUGAAAAAGGCCUAGUUUAACGUU